AUGACUAGAAAGCAAUUUGGUACAUUGUGGAAGUAUGAAAGUUUUGCGUUUAUGUGGGCCUCCAGGAUGGUCACGAUGCCUUCGGGAUCGCAAAACAUGAUAGAGAUUGAUCUUCCUUUACCCAAUUCGUAUUUCAAAGACGAAGCUCGCACAAAUGUAAAUCAGAAUACCAGCAAUGUCAAUAUGCGUAUGGCAAAUCACGGAAACCUCCACGGUUGCGCAAGCGGUACCUACACGAGCCAUCUCAAUGGCGUCAGAGAGAACACAGCUUUGCAGAGCAUCACGGCCAGAAGCAUCCAGCUCAUGGCAGAUUGCACAAAGUGGGGUUAUUACCGGUAUCUGUCCAAACAUGUGAAAAGACGAGUACUCCCUGUCAAGGUCACCUCCGAUAUCGGUAUCGAACAGAAAACCAUCAUUGGUAGGUAUGACUCCGGCCUCCCAUCGGUUGUUCAUGGCUCCGCCACAUCGAAUGAAUUCAGAGACCAGAUCCUGGAAGCUACAGCGAAUAGCAAAAGGAAGUGGGAUUCCAAGUGGCCCAUGCAGUAUCCCGAAAGGCUGAUCCUUCCUACAUAUCGCGAAUCAAGCGCAACACGAUAG